CCUGGCCGCGGGUAGAGGCAGCGUGCGCGCGCGAAACUGCCGGGGCUCCACGUGAUUUUUGUGCGGGGAGAGAGAACCGGGGAGAGGGCCGGCCCGCUCGCAGUAAGUGGGCCCCGUCAGCCAUGGAGCCCGCUUGCUUCCUCCAGCCGCACCCGUUCGGCGACCCUGGGGUGGGCUCGGAUUUGUACAAGCCUUCGCCUCCCGCGGUCACUUCGCCCAAAUCCGACCGGGUAGAGCAGCCGAAGCCAGCCGAACCGACGCGGAUCAUCACCGACCCGGUCUCCGGCAGAUCCUACAGCAAAGGCCGCCUGCUUGGAAAGGGUGGAUUUGCAAGGUGCUAUGAAGUAACAGACCUCUCGAGCAACAAGACCUAUGCAGUGAAGGUCAUUCCUCACAGCAGAGUGGCCAAGCCACACCAGCGGGAGAAGAUCAUCAAUGAAAUCGAGUUGCACAGAGACCUGCACCACAAACACAUCGUGAAGUUCUCACAUCAUUUUGAGGAUACGGAGAACAUCUAUAUCUUCCUUGAGCACUGCAGCAGGAAAUCUUUGGCACAUAUCUGGAAAUCCCGGCACACCCUUCUGGAGGCAGAGGUCCGAUAUUACCUCAAACAGAUCAUCUCUGCCUUGAAAUACCUCCACCUUAAGGGCAUCCUGCACCGGGAUCUGAAACUGGGUAACUUUUUCAUCAAUGAAAACAUGGAACUGAAAGUUGGAGACUUUGGUUUGGCUGCCAGACUGGAGCCUGCAGACCAGCGAAAAAAGACUAUCUGUGGUACCCCCAAUUACCUUGCCCCCGAAGUGCUCCUGCGACAAGGGCACGGGCCGGAGUCAGAUGUGUGGUCUUUGGGCUGUGUCAUGUACACGUUGCUGUGUGGGACCCCCCCUUUUGAGACUUCUGACCUCAAGGAGACCUACAAGUGUAUCAAGCAUGUCACCUACACGCUCCCAGCCUUCCUUUCCCUACCAGCCAAGAACCUGCUUGUUGGCAUCUUGAAACGCAACCCUCAGGACCGCUUCACGCUGGAGGAGAUCUUGGACCAUGAGUUCUUCACCAAAGGAUACACGCCUGAUAAGCUCCCGCCAAGCAGCUGUGUGAUGGUGCCAGAACUGAACCCCCCCAACCCUGCCAGGAGCCUGUUUGUUAAGGUCACAAAGACUCUCUUUGGGAAAAGGAAGUCAAAAGUUAAGAAGGCUCCUUCAGAAGAGAGAGAUGAUAUCUCCAAGCUGGUAACAGGCCUUGUGAAGACCUCCAUCUGUAGGCAACUGAGCCACAAAACUGUCGAAGGGAAUGAGGUCACUCCUUUGAAUGGUCAGAGUCCCGGCUCUAGCCCAGUAGAUACGGUAGCAGAGGAAGGCUCACAGAAAUCUAUCUCCAGGUCUAUUCGUGGGACAAUGGCUAGCAGCAGCUGUGAAGUAUUUGAAGACUGUGUCACAGCAUCAUCUGUCAUUGAAUCAGCCAUUGGUCUUCUGAAGAACUGUCUAUCUGUCAUGCCACCAGCUGAGAGGAAUCCUGCUUCCCUGGCUUGCCAUGAGCACUUUGUCUGGGUGAGCAAGUGGGUGGACUAUUCCAACAAGUAUGGUUUUGGCUAUCAGCUCUCCAACCACAGCAUUGGUGUCCUCUUCAACGAUGGAACUCAUAUGGCCCUCUCUGCCAACUGGAAGAAAGUGCAUUACAACCUGACAAACAGCAAGCAUUUCUCCUUCCCGGCUUCAGCUGUCCCUGAGCAGCUGCAGGGGCAGAUGGGUGUCCUGCAGUACUUUGCCUCAUAUAUGGAACAGCAUCUAAUGAAGGGAGGAGACUUACCCAGCAUAGAUGAGACUGGACAGGUUCCACUGUUGCUUCUACAAUGGGUGAAGACUAAUCAAGCCUUAUUGAUGCUUUUUAGCAAUGGAACCUUUCAGGUGAACUUCUACAAUGAUCAUACCAAGGUGAUCUUCAGCAAACCUGACCACACCUGCCUCCUCACCUACAUAAACCGUGACAGGAAUUCCUACACCUACAAGCUCAGCAGCAUUGCAGAACUUGGCUGUUCACCGGAGCUCCAGCGUAGGCUCAAAUACAUCCUUAAGCUGCUUCAACAGCGAGUGGAUGCAUAAGGCUACAGGGUGGACACCUGGUAUCCUUGGCCCUUUCUGUUCUUCCAAGAGCUUUGAUGUUAACGGUGCAGGAGAAGGCAACGCUUGAGACAUCAGAAUUCUUCCUUAGUCACAUGCCUUUCUACAAGGGAUAACUUCAAAACCCAAACUGCACUCAGAUUGGGCCAAACCCUUCUUCAGAAUCCAUCAACUUCUGGGAUGCUAGCCACCUAAUGACUUUUUGUUAUUGUUAAAGAAAUGGGAUUUUUUUUCACUUGCUUUGACAUGACUGCUCCAGUCCACACUGGAGAGGAGGAGUAGAGAUAAUUGCCUUUACUCCUGUGUGGCCUUUGCACAGAUGGUUAUGCACAUUGGCUUGUUCAUGGGGAGGGGAGAAUCUGUGAUCCAUACACUCCAUGGGAAACAAGUAGUGAGGGUAAUAGCAAAUCUUUUUUUUUAAAA